ACAACUUCCGCGGCGAUGAGUAAUCUUUUGGUGCUUGGUUUGGCAUCGCCGCACGUAUGUCAAUGGAACGUGACCGGAGUGCGCCAGCCAAUCGGAGACGCGCUAGCGUUGAAGUCACGUUGUUCAAGCGCAGAAAAUUAACGCUACUAGUGUCGUGAGGUUUUGUCGAAUUUUCGAUCCGUUUCAUACACUUCUUUUAAGUUUAUUUUCGUUUUAAUUACAUCCCUUAACUCCUUGCUCUGAAGCGCACGACUUUGCGCUUGACGGUCUCCCAUCUGACCGGCCGACGGUAAACCAGCCCGCUUUUCCUGUCUCAUACUGGCCCGAGAGCUAUCGGUUCAAGUAUCGCCCAUGCAUUAAUCUGUUGAAUUAUGACAUAACUGAUAUGUGUAGCAGUGAUAAGCUAUUAUGUAAAAAUACAUCGUUCCGACUGUCUGCACGCGCCGUAAUAGACAAAGUUUCGUUUAUUUGUUGCCCGACUUUUUUAUCCCUUUAAACCCGGGGCUGACUAAUUGUUUUCAUCAGAAUCUCAGAAAUUGUGCAGUGACGCGAAUUUUACCCUGGACUGCCCUGACAGGCCCCCCCCAGGCAAUCAAUUGGGAAAUCUUUACUCAUCUCCUUCUCCUCUGGACCUCUCAUCAGUAUCUCCUCAUAAUUUCAUCGGUGCUUAUACUUUCCUCAUGGGGUGAAUCAAGCGCGAGUGUUGUUUUUUCAAAAAAAAAUUUCAGCUUUUUCACCCUGUCAAAGGGACAAUGACUCUCUCAGUGUUAGAAAAUGUAGUGUGCUAUAGGUAAAAGCGCAUCAUAUUUGAACUAUACACCAAGGCUAUGCUUGAUGACAAUAUGGGUCAGACGUCCAAACAUACUAUGCAUUGGUUUCGCAAAGGGCUGCGAUUGCACGAUAAUCCAAGUUUGAUGGAAGGACUGAUUGGAGCUUCGACUUUUCGCUGUGUCUUCAUCAUUGAUCCCUGGUUUGCCAGUACUUCAAAUGUUGGAAUCAACAAGUGGAGAUUCUUAUUGCAGUGUCUUGAAGAUUUGGACUGCAGUUUAAGGAAACUCAAUUCUCGGUUGUUUGUGAUCCGAGGUCAGCCAGCAGAUGCUCUUCCGAAACUUUUCAAAGAAUGGAACAUCACAUGUUUGAGUUUCGAAGAAGACCCAGAACCAUUUGGGAAAGUGCGGGAUCAGAACAUAAUGGCCCUCUGCAAAGAACUAAGUAUAGAAGUCAUCUCUCGAGUCUCUCACACCCUCUAUAAACUUGAUAAGAUAAUUGAAAAAAAUGGCGGGAGAGCCCCAUUAACAUAUCACCAAUUCCAAACAGUCAUUGCACAGCUAGAUCCUCCGCAGCAGGCGGAAUCACCUGUCUCUGUUCGACUCAUUGCCAAUGCGUUCACUCCAAUUUCAGAGGAUCAUGAUGAAACGUAUGGGGUCCCAACACUUGAAGAAUUAGGUUUCUCGACGGAAGGUCUUUUGCCUCCUGUAUGGCUGGGCGGUGAGGCAGAAGCAAUGACCCGCUUGAAACGGCAUUUGGAGCGAAAAGCGUGGGUUGCGUCGUUUGAUCGCCCAAAAAUGACCCCGGAAUCGUUGCAGGCUUCCCAGACUGGGCUAAGUCCAUACCUCCGCUUUGGCUGCCUUUCAACGCGGCUUUUCUAUUACCAGCUUAACGACUUGUACAAGAAGGUCAUUGAUAUCAAGAAAGCGGUCCCACCAUUAUCCUUGCACGGUCAGUUACUAUGGCGUGAAUUUUUUUACUGUGCUGCAACGAAUAAUCCAAAUUUUGACAAAAUGGUCGGAAAUCCGAUCUGUGUACAAAUACCAUGGGACAAAAACGCUGAAGCUUUGGCUAAAUGGGCAAAUGCACAAACUGGGUUUCCGUGGAUAGAUGCCAUUAUGACUCAACUUAGAGAGGAAGGGUGGAUUCAUCAUCUUGCAAGGCAUGCUGUAGCUUGUUUCCUUACCCGCGGCGACUUGUGGAUGUCUUGGGAAGAAGGAAUGAAGGUCUUUGAGGAGUUACUUCUGGACGCAGAUUGGUCGGUGAACGCUGGAAUGUGGAUGUGGUUGUCUUGCUCAUCGUUUUUCCAACAGUUUUUCCACUGCUAUGACCCUGUCCGCUUCGGUCGCAAAGCUGAUCCAAAUGGAGAUUAUAUUAGGAAAUAUUUACCGGUUUUAAAAAAUAUGCCAACAAAGUAUAUCCAUGAACCAUGGAUAGCUCCUGGUCCUGUACAGAAAGCAGCCAAAUGUUUGAUUGGAGAAGAUUACCCACUACCAAUGGUCAAUCAUGCGGUCGCUAGCAGAAUAAACAUUGAGCGCAUGAAGCAAGUUUAUCUUCAACUUAGCAAAUACAAGAAUUUAGGUCAGCAUUGUAUGCCAAUAAGCACAAAAGAGUCCACCAAGAGUAUAAUGAAUUCAAACAUUCCAAUUCCGCUCAUGGACUACAGCUAAUUAUUCGUUGUGGAGAAACAACUUGACCUUGCUGUGAACAGUUCACUCAAGACAUUUUUUGCCUUGGGCAAAAUCGUGACGUGCCAUUUUUUUGUAAGAACAAGGUCCAUGAGUCCCUAUGAAGUACAAAGAAAUGUCUCAACAAGUCUCUUGGAUUUGUGCAAGUUGAAUCCAGGGAUCUUUUUUGAUAGAUAAAGAAUCAUUCAAUCAGACUUCAAGUUUUUCUCAACUCAUUCUCAAACGAUUGGAAGUGGAUAUGUUGAAGGUCAAAUCAGUCAUUUUUUCGGUCCUUGAGCUGUCGGUCGAAUUUUGAAAAUUUCUAAUAUUUUACACGUUUUUAAGUAAGGACUCUAGGUUUUUAUUAUUUUGAAUGCAAAUAUUGAUCAAAUCACAAAUUACUCUUUAAUAUUACUGAUAAAUACUUGUUCAUUCUUUCACUUUUUAGGAAAAAGACAUUGAAAGAGAUCAGUUUAGACCAAGAUUGGCUUAACGAAACAAAAACUGUCCAAGAAAUGGUAAAUUGAAUGCAGGAAAUUAUCGGCAGUUUUUAUCAAAAGUUACCAUCAUCGAAAUGUGCCUAUUAAACUUCUCAGAUGCUCUUUUCCCACCAAAAACUGCUUGGCAAGAUCAAACGUGACUUGUCAAGGUUGUCUGGUUGUUUUACACCUUUAGGUGUCACCAUAAUAACAAAGCAAAAAUCUGUGAAAUUGGUCGCGCAAAAAGAAUUGACACAGUUUCUGCUGGAUUUAUUGUUUUAGUAUGCAUUUGUAUUUUAUGCAGUUUUUCGUAUUCUCAUGCCACCUUUGCAAACUUUUUUUAAGUAUGGAUAAAGACAAAAAAAUAAAAGAACAAAUUAAUUAAAUUUUAGAAGAAGCAUUAAAAUUGUACCGUUCUUUUAUUAGUUUUGUCUUUAUUCAUACUUAAAAAAAGGUCUGGUGGCACAAUCUUCAAACUAAUCCUUAACACCUCCUUAUCCCUGCGGAACUUUCAAUACAUCUUGAGGCUCUUCUCCUUUCCUACACCCUAUCCCAUUUAUGUCCCCUGUGCGUUUCAGCAAGACAAGCCGUUGGCAUUAAAAUGUAAGCAUAACAACCUAUGGCUAGCAUGUGCGGCGGCUGAUCUCUGUAUUUUUCUAUUAAUUUCUAUCUAUCCUUACUUAAAAAGAGUUUGCAUAAAAGGCAUGAGAAACGAUGAAAAAAAGCUACACAAGACGUGAACACACCAGAGAAAAUCCUCAAGGCAGAAACUUCGCCAAUUAUUUUUGCGUAAGCAAUUCAUUCAUAGAUUUUUGUUAAAAUUUUAAAUUUUUCUUAAAAUUACGUUUUUAAUGCAACAAAACAAACAAACAGUAUCAUUAUGUCGUGUUUGAUUUUGCCGAGCAGAAUUUGUUGGUGAAAGCGCAUAUGCUAAGUUUCAACAGCAUAUUUCUCCAAGUGCAAAUUGUAAAAAAGAAUCUAAAAGGAUUACCAUACAAACCUCAAACUUUUUUUCUUAACUAAGGGACUGUGUCCUUGGUCCUAUGCUUUGCAGUUUUUUUUAGCAAUAUCUGAGCUAAAAUGAAAUAUGUGUUAGCGGACAAACCCGAUUUCAGGACGAACUAGAAUUUCCUAGGACGAACUAGUUUGGCCUAGUUACCGCGGGCCCUACUAGAAUUUCCUAGGCCAAACUACUUUAUCCUACAGCAUGUAGGCGAAACUAGUUUGGGCCUAGGCCGAACUAGUUUUUCCUAAAACACAUAGGCAAAACUAGUUCUGGCUUAGGCCGAACCCGUUCGGACGAACUAGUUUGGCCUAGUUACCGCGGGCCCUACUAGAAUUUCCUAGGCCAAACUACUUUAUCCUACAGCACGUAGGCGAAACUACUAGGACGAACUAGUUUGGCCUAGGAUUUUGAAGAAACGUUCGGCUAUCAAUUCUAUUGCAAAAAUCGGUACUUAUCUAUCGAAUUAACUAUCGAUAAGAGUCUCAAUCAAAACACCAGUCCACGCUGAGCAGUGAUCACCAGUCCACGCUGAGCAGUGAUAAGGAGCACGUUAAUGUUCGCGACAUUACUUUGUGUUGUUAUUAAUGCCGUAUUCAAUUUAAUUACUUUCUUUCAUUUAUAAAUUUAGUCGUUAUGAAUGUAUAGUCUCGUGUCGUGCAGUGCUUUUUUACGUGCGAAGGCGUUAAAACGUGAAGUUUUCUUCCGAACAAUCACAUGAUAGUGCCGUUAAAAUUAUAACUCGAGGUGUUUCCUAAAGCACCUAGGACAAACUAGUUUAUACUAAAUUGCUCAGGAAAAACUAGUUUCGGCCUAGGCCAAACUACUUUAUCCUAGGUGCUUAGGCCGAACGAGAUUUCUUCCGGCAAACGAGUUUGUCCUAGGAAAUUCUAGUUUGUCCUAAAAUCGGGUUUGUCUGCUAACAUAUGCAAAAAAAGACGAUUGAAGUGCAUCAAAACAGAUAAAAUAUCAUAAUCGCGUGACAUUUCCUAAAUCUUGCUGUAAUGGUAAUUUCAGGACAGCAUGCCCAAAAUCUCUACAAUUAUCUUAGGAAUUUAUAAUAUAGUAAGAUAAGAUUUAAUCAACUAAUUUCUUCUAACGUCUUCUCUCAAACAAAACCAAGAUAAAUUUGAUGGGUUGCAAGGUUUUUAAAUAAUAGCAUUAGUCCAGAUCACUCGUCCUCUGUGCACUUGAACAGAGGUACAUUUUUAGGGAACUGUAUUCUUAAAGUGAAUGUAAACUUAGUUGGAAUCCAACAAACUGGAAAAAAGCAGAGUAAAAUAAAUCAAGAUCGUCCUGAUGUUCAACAAAUUUUGAGAGCUGUCGAAGGUCUGUCUGGAUUCGUCCUGAUGUUCAACAAAUUUUGAGAGCUGUCAUGGGUCUGUCUGGAUCCACCUUAUCUCCUACUUUUUUGCAAAUGGGACAGCAUGAAACCCAGAAAAUGGCUCUCUAGACAAUUUUUUGAUUUGUGGGAUCUCAAAAUCCAUGCCUCUCCCUCGAAAUUGUAAUAGAUUCUGAACAUGCAAAAGAAUUGUCUAUAGUAAAAUGUUAAAUUCCAGUUCAUUAUGCCAGAUAUCAACUCUUUCUCUUACUUCCUAUUUAUUUGAUAGUUGUUACUAUUUUGGAAUUUUUACACCUCUGAAACAAUUAACAACGUGUCAAAAGUUGUACGUUUUAUGAUACCAGAUUUAUACUUUCAUUCUCAACUUAAACCAGUGUCCUUCCUUAAGAUUGUGUCAUACAUUGAAAAAUUGCUCUCUUAAGUGCCGUUAUGUUAAAUUUCCUAGGAAAUUUGUCAAUAUGUCCUGCUGUGUUCUUUGCUGUACUUGUUUACUCAUCAAAAUUUCACGCAGAACAUGGUAGACGCAUCAAUAAUUUACAAAUCCACUUCCUAAGUGAGGAAUUAGCGUUUUUUCUUCUUUGUAAAUUCAAACUUCUUGCUUCCCCAAAAACCAAGUGAUAACCAAUUUACUGUAUCAAUUUAAGCAAAGCUUAAAAUGGAAUAAUUUUCUCGAACUGCUUGACAGCUAUGCAAGCAUUGAGCAUCAUAAUGUGAAGAAACUCAACACUACUUCUUUACAGAACCAUAAGUUGGUUUUCUAUGGCUACUCUCACGUGCGUUGAUUUUGAAUGUUUUUUGCCAGCAGGAAGUUUGUAUAAUGUUUGAGAUUCAAACUAAUUUCAGUGUAAACCAUAAAUGCCAAACUCUUAUUUAAAUGUUAAUGAAAUGAACUUGAAUAUUUGGAUACAUCCAGCGUGUUGUGAUAACUUUUGAAGCAGAAACAUCCCUAGUAGUAGUGACUGUUGGAGGAGUUAGAAAACUCCUAAAUUUCAAAGAGGAAACUCAUUAAAAAAACUGUUAAAAUAUCUGAACAAGGAACCCCUUUUUGUGCUUUUUUACAUAAAUUGCAACCCUGCACUCCUGCAUGUUUUUUAUCACUUUAUUUUAGUAACUUUUAACCAAAAAGUUAAUCAAAUUUUAGUAUUUUAAGUUGCUUACUUUGGAAUAAUUGCGUUUCGCAUCAAUAUAAGCAACUGUAUAUUAGACUGUAACAAAAUUCCAAUGCCUUUUUUUCUCAUAAUUUUUCUAUCUUCCUAUUGUAAUUUUUACAUAAAUUUUAUGUAAAGAGGAACAAAAAGGGUUUCCUAUUUUAUACAUUUUUAUAAUUUUAUCCUUUUUUCAAAUUAUACAUUUUAACAUUUGUUUUAGGUUUUUUUCAAAGCCCCUAAGGAUUAGACAACACUUUUCAAUUUCGAACUACACUUUCUAGCCUAGUUUAAAAUAAACUUAUGUACAAUUACUUCCCCAUAAACAUAUAAGUUUUUACUACUGAGCCAGAAAUUGUAGUUCUUUACCGCAGAAUGAAGUUCAUUCUUCACCUUAUCUUGUGGCUCAAUUUGAUUGGUCUUUUCUUUUUGCCUCAGAUCACUGAAAAUUCGACGUUUCAUUUUCAUGUGGGAAAGCAACUUAUUUUUAUCAUAAUUUUACAGAAAAACCAAUUUCUGCAACAACUAGCAAUUCCUUUUAGACUUUCUGUAAAAUUCCUGUGGAGUUCUAAUGGUUUCAGAUCGAUAAUACCUCCAGAAGGACUUUACUUCUAUUAGAGAUGUGCUUAAUGUUUGAUGAAAAAGGAAGAUGUGUUUACCUAUACGUAAUUUUACAUGUGUUGAAAGUGAGCAUAAAUGAAGAUAUCUAACAAGUACCACUUUUAACUGGCUUAAAGCUCACUUCAGUUGGCCAUUCUUGAAUAAGCUCAAAGUAUCUGGGCGCAUAAAAGCACCAUUAAAAGUAGUAAUGGUGGACAUGGAAGUUACUCCUCCCAACUGUCUCCUUUUCCCCCAAAAUCAAUACGAACAUCGUAAUAAAAUACAUACAUAUUUAUAAAAGAAGAAAAUUGCAUUUUUUCCCCCACCCUUUCAGACAAACAACAAAACGCAUGGUUAAAAAAUUAUUCUCUUUCUUCCGCUUUUGAACCUCUACUUUCGCAUUUCUCACCACUACAGUUAAGUUCAGCACACUCAUCCCAAAUCUCUUCUUUUUCUAUUCCAACAUUAAUAUCGAUUUCAGGAAAUUAUGCACCGGCAGACCAGGUUCAAAUACUCAGUAAAAAAAGCACCAAAAUCAGCAUCAAUAUCACAAAAAUAACCAUCAACUAAGGAAGGUUCAGUGAAGAAAAAAUUUAAUCUUUCUUUACUACUUAUUAAUUUUCUGAGAUUUGGAUCACAUAUUAAUCGUAUUCACAGAACAUCCUCCCCCCCCCUCCUCAAGUUGAGGAAUUAUCUCUUUGGAGGCGCCCUUCCCCCCCAAAAAAAUGUUUCUUUACUUUGGAUACAAUAACCGUACAGUACAGUAGGUAUCAUAUUUUGAUAAGAUUUUCUCAUGUCAAACUCAAACUGAAACUUUUUGGUUUCCGAUUUAUUUACUGAAAUUUUGAAUUUAACAUCUCUAUUUUACUAAUAAUCAAAUUUCUAGAGAAUUAUUCGAAGUUCAUUCAUAAUUUUCCUGAUUGAUCGCAGCAUUGUGUCUCUUUAAUUUUUCUAAAUUUUGAUAAUUAUACGUAAAACCUUUUAUUUUAUUCUUAUUUUGAUCUAGACUAGUUUUAUGGCAUUAACUCACAGGAUCAAUCAUCACUCAUAGCCUCAUGAACUCAUCUUUUUGGAACUCAUGAGUCCACCCAAGCUCAUCACCUACCUGUCUGAACAGUAUUUUUUUUCGUCAUUUGAAUAAACCACAGAAUCUGUACCCCUAUAACAACAGCCGUACCUAGCUCAUCUGAUAUUUCGUACAAUCUUUGUCUCGCAUUUGCUGUUGUGAAUAAAGCUAUAGAAAUAUUA